GCGGCGUAUGUUACACCUCGUUUGCAUACAAGAUGUAAACAAAGAUUCAACGCAGAAAAAAAUAUAACGGUUGGGAAAGCAGGUGUACCAAAAUUAAAGGCUGAUCAUGAGGCAUCGACAACAACGGAAGAGGCCAAACGUCAAUAUGUUGAGCAGAGGGAAGAAGCCUCGCUGAGGAUUGCCCAGACAGCUAAGGUGAACAUUGAUAAAGCCCAUGAAAAGCAAAAGAAAAACUUCAAAGAAAGACAGCGAAAAGGGAGGCGUUAUGAGGACAUUUGUGUGGGAAAUAUGGUUCUGAUUCAUAAUGCAAGGAAGGCUGCUACAAAGAAGAAGGGAAAUCUAGAUCCGAACUACCAUGGUCCAUAUAAAGUAGUCAAUAUAGAUGGCAAGUGUGCCACUCUUCAGAACGAUUCAGGACAUACUCUAAAGAGGAAAACAAACAUAGACCACCUGAAACUGUUCAAAGAUCAGACCGCUCAUGAGACAGAUUUGUGUGCGCAGGACACCUGUGACAAUACUUCUGAAGAGGGUACAGUUUCUUGUAUGCAGGACACUGUUGGGAAAUACAUUGAAGAUGUCAGUUCAGAUGGCAGUCUGAAUGAACUUUUUAAGUUUAUAAGUGAACUGAACUUAUCAAAGAUAUCUCUGAACACUUUAGGUUUUCAAUAUCACCACUGUCCACAACAGAGUUUCUUGAAGGAGGUUAUCAGUGUAUCGGAGGCAGAGUUAGAGUGCUUUGGUACACUAUUGUUACCUCAUCUGAGACAUUUGGAUUUGGACUUGUCAGUGAAAACAUCAGUGGCUAUGCUUACAUCUGCAGUAUGUGUUAUGGCCAGUCAUCAGUUUCAGCCACUGAUGACCAUUGCACAAACACUCAAGGAGGUACCAAGCCAUCUUGAGGAUGUUGACAUUCACGAGAUCCCACAACUCUACCCAACACAAAGACUCACAGUUGGCGGCGAGACACUAGAGGCGGUGGACAUGGCAACUCUAGAGGAUGGGAAGUGGAUAAACGACAAGGUCAUCAACUCCUUCUUGGCACUGAAAAAGAUGGAGCAGAACACAUCAGAAUCAAACAGACACAUUUAUGUCCUUCCCUCGUACACAGCCGUUCAAUGGGAUCAAGGUCACCUGGAUCACUGGAUGUUUAAGAAGGUUCAGUUCUCCAAAUACACUCAUGUAUUCCUGCCAAUAUGCAUCAAUGGGAAUCACUGGGUGUUGCUGGUUGCAGACGUAAAGCAAAGACUUGUCUACGUUCUGGACUCUAUGAAUGGGGAGGUUGGUCAGAAAUGGACAAGGAUGUGGGCAGAAUUCAUGGCCAAUCGGGACAGACUUCCAGAUGUUACUGAACAGUUUGGUGUGUGGAACUUCCCGGAGAUCAGAAGCAGCAAACAGACCGACAGUAAUUCAUGCGGUGUGUUCACCCUGAUGAAUGCGGAAUGCAUUGCCAAGGAUGUUCCCAUAGCAGUCAUGAGACAAGUGCAUUGCCAAAGAUAUAGACAAUAUGUUAAGGCAUCUUUGCUCAAUGCUGGAGCAGCAAAGUCGGACUCUAAGUGUGACAUGCCAGAUUGUAGGAUACCUAAAGGACACAAAAGAUGGGUCCAGUGUUGCGUGUGUGGACGUUGGCUCCACACAAAGUGUUGCAGGAUUCCGACAAAGGCAGCCAUCGAGGAGGAAUACGAAUGCUGCUUCUGUGAAGCCAUGUAUAGAUAGACAUUCAUAGCUCAUUAUUGCUACCAAUUGGUUUGGAAAAGCUUCCUCUUCCAAUUUCUAUUAGGACUGGUCAAAUUUGAUGAACAAUGUGUUAUGGUGUAGUUUAUCUGUCUGUUAAUUUUUGUUAUCUCCUACAUUUUUCUAACAAUCUCUUUGAAACUUGGUAUUCAUUAUAAUUAUGAUAGGAAAUUGUAUUACCCUGAAAAGGUUUUAAUUUCAUUAUUUUUGAACAAGUUUAUUUCAGUGAUGAAAAUUCUUGUCACAUCAUUCCUAUUUUUAUCCUGCCAUCAUCAGAUGGUGGACUAUUCAAAUCGCCCUGCAUCCAUCAUCUCUAUGUCCAUAACAAUCCUUGUUAUCAUUAUGUCAAAGUACUGGAGGUACAUUUCUAUAACAUGAUGAGUAGGUUCCCCUUAGUUCCCAGUUGUGUUAAAACAAAAUGACUGACAGGUGGCCAUCUUUGAUUUUGAGAACUAGAAGAUUUUUGUAGCUACAUUGUAUUUCUUAAAGUACUGGAGGAGUGUUUUGCAAACUUCACUUGUUCUUGUCAUCAGAUUAUGAAGAGGGAAAAAAAAGAAAUGGAAAAGUAAUGAAAUCAGUCUGACAUAGAACCAUUAGAGAUUGUUCAAUGGUGUACACCAAGAUUCCCCUGGUCUCCUGUUAAUUAGAAAAAUGGAUAUAAAUAAUUUCUUGAAAAGUACUGAAGGAAUAUUGCUCAAAUUUUGCUUGUAGGUUCCCAUUGGUAUCAAGUUGUGUCAAUUCAAUUUAGAUUUUUGAUGAGAAAAAUAGAAUGGUCGUCAGACACCCAUCUUAGAUUUGAAGAAUUAAAGUUUGUUAUAUUAUCACUAUUUCUUGAAAAGGGAUGUUUCUCAAACUUCACAUGUACAUGAAGGUUCCAUUUGUUCUUUGAAUCAGAAUAUUAAGAAAGAAAAAAUAAGAGAGAGUUAUAGAAGAUCAGUGUGACACAGAACCGAUCAUUGAAUUGUGGGUACCAAUUUUCCCCUGGGAUCACUCGUUAGCCUCAAUUUUGAAAAUUAAUUGAUAGGCUUUAUAUAAGAUAUGAAGUUGUUUCAUAUGAAUGUUUCUACCCUUUGUUCAUUUGAGCAUUUUAUAGUUGUCCUAAGAUUUCCAUUUUUUUGUGAACAUGGAAUGCAUUAUAGUCAUAGUUAUAUUCCCACCACAAAAAAAUUUUGGAUUGGUCCAAUGAAUACUUUAAUAUUAUUACUGGGGAGGGGGUAGACUUUACAAUAGUUUAUAUAGGGAUGACUUUCCACAUUUUUGACAAUCAUUUAAUUGUUGACAUUUAAUUUGUUAACAUUAUCAGCAUUGGAUGACAGCUUAAUGAUAUGCACAUGUUGGCCCUGACAGACCCCCAGGGACUGAUGUGUGGGGCUAAAAAGGGUCAAUUAGAUUAACUGAAAUAUUUCAAAUCUCAGGUGACCGUUAAGGCCCAUGGGCCUCUUGUUAAUUUGUAGAUUUCUUUUGCAUCUAUUACAUUUACUUUUUUGUAACAGAAUCUGUAUUAUAUUUUCUUGUGUCACAAGAUUUGGAAUUAUAUGUAAAUUGUAUAUAUCAUUGCCACACCAAAUGAAAUUUUAUGAUUCAUUUGUCAAGCUAUGACUGUUACACUUUUCAGAUAUAUAAGUCAUUAAAAAGGAGGAAACAUUUCAAAAACUAUAGAAAUGUUAUAUAUAUAAAAAAUAUUAAAACAUUAAAUUCAGUGAAGUUUUCUUUGAUGUUCUACUUCUAAGAUGUAUGAUCCCUGUGCUUGCUUUUGAUGAAGUCUAUUUGGAAUUUCAUUAGUAGGAACAAUUGGAGUUACAAAUACUUUGGUGUGGCCUUCAUUCUCUAACUUACAUAUAAAGUUAUUAAGUCACUUGCUUCGCUAUGUAGCUUGUAGCUGUGACAAAUGAAAUAUUCAUUAUAACUUUUCCUUUGUGCUGAAUAAAAUGUGAAAAGUACCAUAA